AGGGAGGGGAAGCCAGACGGGUAACACAAAGUGCUGCCGUGACACUCGGCCCUCCAGUGUUGCGGAGAGGCAAGAGCAGCGAGCGCGGCACCUGUCCGCCCGGAGCUGGGACGCGGGCGCCCGGGCGGCCGAACGGAGCGAGGAGGGACCGCCGAGGUGCGCGUCUGUACGGCUCAGCCCGGCGGGGGACGCGGGGAGAAUGUGGACUGGGUAGAGAUGAGCGAGACUUUUCUCAGAUGUUGGAUAUUUGCUUGGAUAAACGUGUGGGUACGACCUUGGCUGCCCCCAAGUGUAGCUCCAGCGCUGUGAGGUUGCAGGGAUUGGCAGAGGGGACCAAGGGGACCAUGAAAAUGGACAUGGAGGAUGCGGAUAUGACUCUGUGGACAGAGGCUGAGUUUGAAGAGAAGUGUACAUACAUUGUGAACGACCAGCCCUGGGAUUCUGGUGCUGAUGGCGGGACUUCGGUUCAGGCGGAGGCAUCCUUACCAAGGAAUCUGCUUUUCAAGUAUGCCACCAACAGCAGAGAGGUUAUUGGAGUGAUGAGCAAAGAAUACAUACCAAAGGGCACACGUUUUGGACCCCUAAUAGGUGAAAUCUACACCAAUGACACAGUUCCCAAGAACGCCAACAGGAAAUAUUUUUGGAGGAUCUAUUCCAGAGGGGAGCUUCACCACUUCAUUGACGGCUUUAAUGAAGAGAAAAGCAACUGGAUGCGCUAUGUGAAUCCAGCACACUCUCCCCGGGAGCAAAACCUGGCUGCGUGUCAGAACGGGAUGAACAUCUACUUCUACACCAUUAAGCCCAUCCCUGCCAACCAGGAACUUCUUGUGUGGUAUUGUCGGGACUUUGCAGAAAGGCUUCACUACCCUUAUCCCGGAGAGCUGACAAUGAUGAAUCUCACACAAACACAGAGCAAUCUAAAGCAGCCGAGCACUGAGAAAAAUGAACUCUGCCCAAAGAAUGUCCCAAAGAGAGAGCACAGCGUCAAAGAAAUCCUAAAACUGGACUCCAACCCCUCCAAAGGAAAGGACCUCUACCGUUCGAACAUUUCACCCCUCACGUCAGAAAAGGACCUCGAUGACUUUAGAAGACAUGGGAGCCCCGAAAUGCCCUUCUACCCCCGGGUCGUUUACCCUAUCCGGGCCCCUCUGCCGGAAGACUUUUUGAAAGCUUCCCUGGCCUACGGGAUGGAGAGACCCAUGUACAUCACUCGCUCCCCCAUUCCGUCCUCCACCACUCCAAGCCCCUCUGCAAGAAGCAGCCCGGACCAAAGCCUCAAGAGCUCUAGCCCUCACAGCAGCCCCGGGAAUACGGUGUCCCCUGUGGGCCCCGGCUCUCAAGAGCACCGGGACUCCUACGCUUACUUGAACGCACCUUACAGCACGGAAGGUUUGGGCUCUUACCCUGGCUACGCACCCCUGCCCCACCUCCCGCCAGCUUUCAUCCCCUCCUACAAUGCUCACUACCCCAAGUUCCUCCUGCCCCCCUACGGCAUGAAUUGUAAUGGCCUGAGCGCUGUGAGCAGCAUGAAUGGCAUCAACAACUUCGGCCUCUUCCCGAGGCUGUGCCCUGUCUACAGCAAUCUCCUCGGUGGGGGCAGCCUGCCCCACCCCAUGCUCAACCCCACUUCUCUUCCGAGCUCGCUACCUUCAGAUGGAGCCCGGAGGUUGCUCCAGCCGGAGCAUCCCAGGGAGGUGCUUGUCCCGGCGCCCCACAGUGCCUUCUCCCUUACCGGGGCCGCCGCCAGCAUGAAGGACAAGGCCUGUAGCCCCACAAGCGGGUCUCCCACGGCGGGAACAGCCGCCACGGCAGAACAUGUGGUGCAGCCCAAAGCUACCUCAGCAGCUAUGGCAGCCCCCAGCAGCGACGAAGCCAUGAAUCUCAUUAAGAACAAAAGAAACAUGACCGGCUACAAGACCCUUCCCUACCCGCUGAAGAAGCAGAACGGCAAGAUCAAGUACGAAUGCAACGUUUGCGCCAAGACUUUCGGCCAGCUCUCCAAUCUGAAGGUCCACCUGAGAGUGCACAGUGGAGAACGGCCUUUCAAAUGUCAGACUUGCAACAAGGGCUUUACUCAGCUCGCCCACCUACAGAAACACUACCUGGUACACACGGGAGAAAAGCCACAUGAAUGCCAGGUCUGCCACAAGCGAUUUAGCAGCACCAGCAAUCUCAAGACCCACCUGCGACUCCAUUCUGGAGAGAAACCGUACCAAUGCAAGGUGUGCCCUGCCAAGUUCACCCAGUUUGUGCACCUGAAACUGCACAAGCGUCUGCACACUCGGGAGCGGCCCCACAAGUGCUCCCAGUGCCACAAGAACUACAUCCAUCUCUGUAGCCUCAAGGUUCACCUGAAAGGGAACUGCGCUGCAGCCCCGGCGCCCGGGCUGCCCUUGGAAGAUGUGACCCGAAUCAAUGAAGAAAUCGAGAAGUUUGACAUCAGCGACAAUGCUGACCGGCUCGAGGACGUGGAGGAUGACAUUAGUGUGAUCUCUGUGGUGGAGAAGGAAAUUCUGGCCGUGGUCAGAAAAGAGAAAGAAGAAACUGGCCUGAAAGUGUCUUUGCAAAGAAACAUGGGGAAUGGACUCCUCUCCUCAGGGUGCAGCCUUUAUGAGUCAUCAGAUCUACCCCUCAUGAAGUUGCCUCCCAGCAACCCACUACCUCUGGUACCUGUAAAGGUCAAACAAGAAACAGUCGAACCAAUGGAUCCUUAAGAUUUUCAGAAAACACUUGUUUUGUUUCUUAAGUUAUGACUUGGUGAGUCAGGGUGCCUAUAGGAAGUUGCUUGUACAUAAUUCCAGCUCUGCAAAGCUCUCUCAACAGCAAAUGGUUUCCCCUCACCCCUGGAAUUAAAGAAGGAACUCCAAAGUUACUGAAAUCUCAGGGCAUGAACAAGGCAAAGGCCAUAUAUAUAUAUAUAUAUAUAUAUAUACACACACACACACACACACACAUAUUAUGUAUACUUAUUUACACCUGUGUCUAUAUAUUUGCCCCUGUGUAUUUUGAAUAUUUGUGUGGAUACGUUUGCAUAGCCUUCCAUUACUAAGACUAUUGCCUAGUCAUAAUUAUUUUUUCAAUGAUAAUACUUCAUAAUUUAUUACACAAUUUAUCAUUCAGAAAGCAAUAAUUUAAAAAGUUUACAAUGACUGGAAAGAUUCCUUGUAAUUUGAGUAUAAAUGUAUUUUUGUCUUGGUAGCCAUUCUUUGUAGAUAAUUUCUGCACAUCUGUAUAAGUACCUAAGAUUUAGUUAAACAAACAUAUGACUUCAGUCAACCUCUCUCUCUAAUCAUGGUUUGAAAAUGAGGUUUGGGUAAUUAAUUGCCAAUGUGAGACAGUUGAUGUGUUCAUUCCUGGGAUCCUGUCAUUUGAACAGCAUUGUCCAUAACUUGAGGGUAUAUGUGCAGAAUUACCCAAGAAUAACUUAAGUAGAAGAAACAAGAAAGGGAAUCUUGUAUAUUUUUGUUGAUAGUUCAUGUUUUUCCCCCAGCCACAAUUUUACCAGAAGGGUGACAGGAAGGCUUUACCAACCUGUCUCUCUCUCCAAAAGAGCAGAAUCCUCCCACUGCCCUGCCCACCCGCCGAGUCCUAUGGCCGUUCAGAGCAGCCAUAUGACUUUUACGUCCAUUGUAUCAUCAGAAAAUGUGAAAAAGACAAAUUGCCAUGUUUUAAAACCACUGCGAAAUUUUCCCCAAAGCAUAGGUGGCUUUGUAUGUGUGAGGUUUGGGGCUUGAGUCUGGGUGGUGUUCUGUUGUUGGUUUUUGUUGCUUUUUUUUUUUUUAAUGUCAAAAUUGCACAAACAUGGUGCUCUACCAGGAAGGAUUUGAGGUAGAUAGGCUCAGGCCACAUUUUAAAAACAAACACACAAACAACAAAAAACGGGUAUUCUAGUCAUCUUGGGGUAAAAGCGGGUAAUGAACAUUCCUAUCCCCAACACAUCAAUUGUAUUUUUUUCUGUAAAACUCAGAUUUUCCUCAGUAUUUGUGUUUUUACAUUUUAUGGUUAAUUUAAUGGAAGAUGAAAGGGCAUUGCAAAGUUGUUCAACAACAGUUACCUCAUUGAGUGUGUCCAGUAGUGCAGGAAAUGAUGUCUUAUCUAAUGAUUUGCUUCUCUAGAGGAGAAACCAAGUAAAUGUGCUCCAGCAAGAUAGGCUUUGUGUCAUUCUCUCUUUUAUUCUGCUAAGCCCAAAGAUUACAUGUUGGUGUUCAAAGUGUAGCAAAAAAUGAUGUAUAUUUAUAAAUCUAUUUAUACCACUAUAUCAUAUGUAUAUAUAUUUAUAACCACUUAAAUUGUGAGCCAAGCCAUGUAAAAGAUCUACUUUUUCUAAGGGCAAAAAAAAGAAAAAUCGUUUCUGAGACUUUGCUUAAUAGUUGGUGGCCUCACGAUCACAUCGGUAUGCUUGGGCACCCCUUGCCUACUGUAAGAGACCCUAAAACCUUGGUGCAGUGGUGGGGGCCACAAAACAACCAGGGAGGAAGAGAUACAUCAUUUUUUAGUAUUAAGGACCAUCUAAGACGGCUCUUUUUUUUUUUUUUUUUGCCACGUUAUGAUUAUGUGGUCACACCCAAGUCACAGAAAUAAAAAACUGACUUUACCACUGUAACUUUUCUCUUUCCCUCCUUACUAAAUACUGAUACAUCACUCUUCAAUCUAUUUUAUAAUUGUAUUUGACAUUUUGUUCACAUCAACUAAUGUUCACCUGCAGAAGAGAACAAAUUUCGAAUCAUCCAGGGAAACCCAAGAGCCUUACUGGUCUUCUGUAACUAGCAAGACUGACAGUUUUUUUAUGUAUCAAUGUGUUUGAUUAAACAUAGUCCUUAAUUGAAGGUAAACCAAAGGAUCACAUUGACAUUAGACCAAACACUUUUGAUUCCCAACUACUCGUUUGUUCUUUGUCUCCUUUUGUGCUUUCCCGUCGUGAGAAUUUUUAUAAAGACUUCCUGCUUCUCUCACCAUCCAUCCUUCUUUUUUCUGCCUCUUACAUGUGAAUGUUGAGCCCACAAUCAAUGGUGGUUUUGUUUUUUUCCUCUACUCAAAAGUUAAAACUGACCAAAGUUUGGCUUUUUACUUUGCUAGAACAACAAACUCUCUUAUGUUUACAUACUGGUUUACAAUGUUAUUUAUGUGCAAAUUGUCAAAAUGUAAAUUAAAUAUAAAUGUUCAUGCUUUACCAA